GAUGAUUCACGCAGCUCAUAGGGAACUGCUGAUAACACAUAUUUCAAUCCCGUUCGAGUCUAAAGUUCAUUAUUUGCAGUAGAUGAUAGAUAGUAGAUAGAAUCUAGUCUGAAUAUCUAGAUCUAGAUCUAUAUCCAAUAUCUAGAGAACUAGAAUCUAGGAAGUUGUAUUUUAGCGUUGGUUAGCUAAAAAAUAGCCUACUCAACUAAAUUCUCUUAUUCUGGAGAUCUCAUUUCAACAUUUCAAGUGGUUGUGUAUUGUGUAGGACAUUGUGUAGUAAAGUUAAGUAAAUGUCAAGGAACCAAAAUCAAUCUUCUUAACAAAAAAACAAAACAAAAAUAAACUGAAUAACUUUAAUUAGGCCUACUACUAACUAGUUUACUAUUAGUUUAUUUAAUAAUUUAAUAAUACAGUUAGGACUAAUACUAGAGUGUGCAAAAACUUUUGGCUGAGUUACCAAGUAAUAGAUUUACUAGUAAAUCAUGAUUGUGAGAUUACUACCAAACAGACUUUUACAAAGUGCAAGUAGAUCACAGACUGCUAGAAAAGGACAAGAUAGAUUUUUCCAGACCUCUUGGUAUUUGAGCAGCUCUGACCAUGAGUAUCUCCAUAAAACAAAGAUUCCCACCUACCACUUUCAACAAAGUCUGCCCAGACUACCAGUGCCAGACCUGGAGAAGUCGUGCCAGAGAUACUUAAAAUCUCAGCUCCCAUUGUUGUCAGACAAAGAGUACCAAGAGGUGCAGAAGGUUGUUGAAGAGUUCCAAAAUGGAAAAGGACAAGAGUUGCAGAAGGAACUGGUUGAAACAGAUAAGAUAAACAAGCACACAAACUAUGUCUCAGAUCUCUGGUUUGAUAUGUACUUAAAAGACAGGCGGCCAGUUGUGCUCACCCACAAUCCUUUCAUUACAUUUGCACCAGACCCUCGGCCAGAGUACAGUACGCAGUUGAUUCGCUCUGUGAAUAUGCUGAUCUCAUCUGUACGAAUGAUGAAAACAUUAAGAGAUGAGCAGCUUGAACCUGAAGUUUUCCACUUAAAUCCAUCCAAGUCCAACAAUGAUACAUUCCGUCUGGUCACACGCUUACUGCCACCCUCCUUGUCCUGGUAUGGAGCCUACUUAUUCAAGGCUUUUCCAUUAGAUAUGAGUCAGUAUAAGCGGCUGUUCAAUUCAUGUCGAAUUCCAAGACCUGAAAAAGAUGAACUUUUUACUGAUAAAAAUGCUAAACACAUCCUUAUAAUGAGGAAAGGAAAUUUCUAUGUGUUUGAUAUGCUAGACAGAGACGGUAACAUCACACCUGAGUCUGAAGUCCUGUCACACCUGAAGUUUAUUCUAGAGGACACAACACCAGCACCUGAGUUUCCCAUCUCUGUCUUAACUACAGAAAAUAGAGAUGUCUGGACCAGAGCUCGUGUACAGCUCAUUAAUGCUGAUUCCAGAAAUGAAAACAAACUUCGUGUGAUUGAGAGUGCCAUGUUUGCCCUCUGCCUUGAUGAUUUUGAGCCUAAAGACCCCAACGAAAUUUCACACAAUUUUCUCCAUGGAGAUGGCAUUAACAGGUGGUUUGAUAAAAGUUUCCAGCUUAUAAUCACCAAAGGAGGAACAGCUUCAGUCAACUUUGAACAUUCAUGGGGCGAUGGGGUGGCUGUACUACGCUAUUUUAAAGAAGUUUUUACUGACUCAACAAAAAAGCACUGGGUGAAUCCAGACACCAAACCAUCAACCAAUGCCAGUUCAGAAAGGAAAGUACAGAGACUUGAUUUUAAGCUGGAUCCAUUUAUCAAAGAGACAAUUGUAAAAGCCAAGCAAAGGUUUGAAAGUGUCACCAGUUCUGUGGACCUCCACCACCUUCAAUAUGUCAAGUUGAACAGAAAUGAUAUAAAGAAAGCCAAGCUUAGUCCAGACUCAGUCAUGCAGCUUGCUAUUCAGCUGGCACAUUAUAGGAUGUACGGAAAAAAUGUUGGAACAUAUGAGUCAUGCAGUACGUCUGCCUAUAAACAUGGGCGCACAGAAACUGUCCGAUCUUGCACCUCAGCCACCAAUCAGAUGUGUCAGCUGUUGUUAGAGAAAAGUGGAAAACAAACCAGCAAAGACGAGUUAAUGAAAGGGUUACAGGACUGUACAGCAGUUCACAACCAGCUCACUAAGGAGGCAGCUAUGGGUCAAGGAUUUGAUCGCCAUCUGUUUUGUUUGAAGAACUUGGGAGAGCAAAAAGGUCUUACCCUGCCCAUCUUUACGCACCCUUCAUACACUAAUAUUAACCAUAUCAUACUCAGUACUUCAACACUGACUGAUCCUUCUGUGUCCAUUGGAGGAUUUGCUGCAGUUACACCUGAUGGUUUUGGAAUAGCCUAUGGUGUUGACAACAAGUAUUUAGGCUUCAAUGUCUCAACAUACCCCCAGCGCAGUGCUAAAGAUUUCAUUGCAGCAUGUGAGAAAAGUUUGGAUCAGCUGCACGUUAUCAUAAAGGCUAUGGGAAACUAAUUAACUGGCUUAAUUAGACAUUUUUGUUGUGUAAACAUUGCUUGUUACAUUCUUGUUUUUAAAUGACAUAUUUAAUUAAUUAAUCUCUACAUGUUAAAAAAAACAAGUUUGGAAAUGAUAAUUUCAGCUUACUAUUAACAAAAAAAAUUGGGGUAUAGUAUCUGACUCAGACAGCAAUUGUGAAAAAAACUAGGCAGUGAAAAAAAAGAAACCAAAAGAAAAGUACGCGGCCAAACGAUGGCCUCUGUUUAGAAAAUUUCUUACACCAUAGACUUUUUUAUUUACAUCUGUUGAUUUUACACAUCAACACUGCACAGUUAGGAAUGGGAUGGUAGAUGUACACUCUGCUGAUGGGGAAUCUUUCCAUUAAAAUCUUGAUGCUU